AUGAGUAACAACAAGUUGAAUAUCGAUGGUAUCAUGCUCUUUGAGCAACCAUUUGCACGGGUUCCGUACGAGAAUUACCGCAAAGUCUUCCGGACAUCGCAGAAGAACAUAGAAAAGGAGCUGGGCGCAGUGCAAACCAUUUCUGCGGACUUGGCGAAGCGCGCAAAGGCAAGGAGCAAUAUACCAGAUGACGCAUUGAAGACGGUCGAAGGUAUGAUCACCAGGGUGGAGAACCUCGGUCGCAAGCUGUCAGAUUUGCAAAGCUCCGCUGGAGCUCCUACGCAGAACGUCAUGCGGGAGCGGUUGCAGCACCUUGCAGCCGUCGAAGAUAUGCAGUCUGGUAACAGCCCCGAGUUCGCACGAUGGGCCGACACACGAUUGGACCGCUGGCUGAUCGACUGGGCAUUGCGUAAUGGCAAGGAGAAGACGGCCAGAAUGCUCGCGGAGGAGAAGGGUAUCGAGAGACUCGUAGACAUUGAUCUGUUUUCGGAUAUACGACGCAUUGAAGAGGCAUUGGGAUGUCGAAGCUGUACGGAAGCGCUAGCAUGGUGCAGCGAGAACAAAUCUGCCUUGAGGAAGCUCAAGAACCCGCUGGAGUUUGACCUACGUCUGCAGGAAUAUAUUGAGCUUGCGAGAGCACGAAAGAACAUGGAAGCAAUCACAUAUUCGAGGAAGUAUCUUCUCCCAUGGCAAGACACACAUCUAGCGCAAAUCCAUCAAGCAUCUGCGCUCCUGUGCUUCCCACCCACAACAACAUGUGGUCCGUACAAGCGCCUAUACGACCCUUCACGCUGGGCGACACUCGUCCAGUCGUUCCGCCUCGCCAUCUACAAUCUCAGCACGCUACCGACCGAACCCCUUCUCCACCUCGCGAUGUAUGCUGGGCUCGCAUCGCUACGGCUUCCCGCAUGUUAUGACCCAGAAACCAAGAACAUCGAUUGUCCGGUGUGCGACCCUAACCUCGGCCGACUCGCAGAGGAGGUGCCAUAUAGCCACCACCUCAAUUCGACAAUAGUGUGCCGUCUCACUGGUAAGAUUAUGGAUGCGGACAACAUGCCCAUGGCUUUCCCAGGCCAUGGUCACGUCUAUUCGAAGGAGGCUUUGGAGGAUAUGGCAGCGAAGCAUGAUGGUGUGGUGAUCUGUCCUCGGACCGGCGAGACGUGUAGCUUCGCGGCAUUGCGGAAGGUGUUCAUCUCGUAG